GGAAUCAAAAGGCUUGCCUCAAGGCAUACUCGUUUUCCCGGUUCCUUUUUGCUUUGUGGAAAUAAAACAUUCUGUAGGCGGAGCUUGUGACUAACAUCCUUUAAAAACCGGAGUCUCCAUGCUUCCCUGAUCACUUCAGUUCCAGUAUCUUGCCCAGCAAAUUAGCCAGAAUGAUGCCCGGAGGUUUAACUGAUGCCCGACCUGCCACUCCAGAAAUCCAGAAGAUUGCUGAUGAGGUUAAACCCCAGCUUGAAAGUAAAACAAACAGGACCUAUGAAGAAUUCAAAGUGGUACAAUAUAAAACUCAAGUGGUUGCUGGAACCAAUUACUACAUUAAGGUGCAAGUAGGUGAUAACAGUUACAUUCACAUCAAAGUAUUCAAAAGUCUUCCUGCAGAACAUGAGACUCUGACACUUACUGGUUACCAAGAGGGCAAAAGCAAGGACGAUGAGCUGAGUGGCUUUUAGUAGCAAGUUCCAG